AUGGCCAAACAUGACCCGGCCCGUAUCCUCUUCACCGGCCGCAAUGCUAAGUCCGCCGCGGCGACUUUACAACGUAUCAAGUCUGGUGCCCCGAAUGCCGUCGCUACCUUUGUGGCUUGCGACGUUGCCAGCCUCUCAUCCGUCAGCAGUGGCGCCAACCAGAUCCUUACAGAAUGCGACCGUCUUGACGUGUUCCUGGCCAACGGCGGUAUAAUCGCCAAACCAGCCGAGCUCUCGACCGACGGCUAUGAGAUCCACUUUGCGAGCAACCACAUGGGUCACGCUCUUCUGGCCAAGAAGCUGUUGCCGCUACUCGAAAAGACGGCCGACCUGCCCAACUCGAACGUGCGCAUCAUCUACACCACAAGUCUCGGCUGGCGUAACGGAACCCUUGACCCCUGGAAACUCAAGACGCCCAUGGAAGCUGCCAUACUCGGCCGCUGGAUCCGCUAUGGCAACAGCAAGCUUGACAAUAUGUUCUAUGCCCGAGAGAUCGCCCGCCGGCACCCCAAGGUGCUCUCUUCCAGCCUACAUCCGGGCGCGCGCUCCUCGGGACAAAUCAAGACGAGAGGCUUCUAUGAGCCGGUCGGCGUCUUUCCUCCAGAGGAUGAUGCUGUAGCCAAGGACGACAAGUUCGCGAAGGAUCUCUGGGAGUAUACAGAGAAGGAGUUGGAGAAAUGGAUGUAA